CACAUCUCUACUGCGCAUGCUCACAACCGGUCUCAAUCCCUCGUCCGAUUAACAUCCUACAUCAUCAUAAAUUCUCAAAUUGAAGAUAUUCGGACAGUUGCCAUCAACCAAACCAAUGUGAAACAGCAAGUAAAGACACUCCACCAACACUCUUGUGAGAAUUACUCAUCCUUAAACCCAAGGAGGGACGUAUGUGAUCACUGGUGACACGGGGGGCCCCUGGUGAAGGAAGUCAUUUAAGUUUUGUUCCCAAAGUUACGGAAAUAAGGUCAAAAUGGCUAAGUUGGUGGGUGUUUACGACGACCAGGAGGAAGUCAGGCUGGGAAGACUACAACUUCCCCUCUCUGUAUAUGAUAACAAAAUAAUGACAAUGCAGCUCGGAGAGUCAUGUGAUGGAUGUGAAUUUACCGGAGGCACAACAAAACGGCGAUGUGAUGAAUCCUUCACAAGACAGUACAAUGCUCUGAGCAAGGAUGAAGUUGUAGCUGCUCUGAUGGUUCCUUCGAAAGUGUUGUUCACAAGGCUGGCUCAGACGGUGGCGUGUGUUGGCUGUCGGAGAAGUGUGGAACGACUCUUUAACCAACUGAAGGACUCGGGCCACCCUGCGCUGGAGCCACUGAUAAUCACUAGCAAUGGGUUUCUCACUGUUCUUCGCAAGUAUGCCCUUCAAGCAAGGUCAUUAGGGGCCUUAUUUAGUGACCACGGGUUAGCUCUUAGUGUAGUGCUAGAUAACAUCCCAAAGUUGAAGAAGUCUGGACGGUGUGUGCUUCACUCCAUGGAGGGUGUGAGAUGCCGUCCUGGUGGGCGAUCGUGGCGGGACGUGUGGGAAGUGAUGGACACCACGUGCCGUGACACUGUCACACUUGUUUGUGCCGAUCACCUUUUGACCACACUGGACAACUACCUCCGCAAGCAUAGAUUCUGCCAGGAGUGCAAGAACAAGGUACAUAGAGCAUUUGAUAUCCUAGUUGGCCACAUCACUAUAGAUCCAGCCAAGGAAAAGGGGUAUGUUGCCUCCCUGUAUGCAGGAAUUCGUCGGUGUGAAGCCAAGAGACACAUUCAUGUGCCUGCUGACACCGACUAUAUCACCCAUAUCAUCACGAGGGCAGAACCUGAGCUACAAGGAAGACGUGAACGACAUGCAAAGACAUUAGAAAUUGCCCAAGAGGAGGUGUUGACUUGCUUAGGACUGUUUUUGUAUGAACGACUUCAGCGAAUCCAUACACGAAUGCGCGAAGAAGAACAAACUUGGGACAUCCUCUUCCAUGUCGCACUGGAUACUCUUAAAAGAAAUUUUGAGCUGUAUGUGGAGGACAAGCAGGGCUACUCUAAGUUUGAGAUGUUGUGUGAGGAACUGCAAAGACAAGAACUCAGAGAAAAAGCCAAGAAAGAAAAGAAGAAGAAGAAAAAGAAGAACAAGAAGAAUGAAGAAGGCAAGGAGAACACUUGUCUGUGUGAGGAGGAGGAAGGUGGUGGAUGCCGGGAGUGUGAACUAAACAUGUCAUCAUCAUCCUGCUCAAGCCAACGUGCAACUCUCAUCAAUGCCACCAACAAACAGGUUGGCAGUGAAGUCUUCUGUCGAGGAGGUUCUCAUUUAGGGCCUCCUCUAAAUAGUCCUCACUUAGGUGCUGCACUAGGUAAUGGUCACAUACCUCCUGAUGGAGCAGGAGUCAUGCCAAGGUGUAGUAGUGAAUGUGGCAGUAUGGAGGCCAGUGAUAUAGGCAGUGAACGUGGGAGCAGUGAAGAAAAGGAAAGCUGUGACUCUAGCCCUGACCCUUACCAUCACCAUCACCACCAGCUUGACCACCACCACAGUCAUCACCAUCGCCAGCACUGCAACUCGCCACACCCUCUAGAGUGCACUGCUUCAACAGACUCACUUGUGUCUAGAUGCUCACAGGGAUCCCGAGAUGGAGGAUAUUGCUCAGCCCAGGGGUCAGGAGGCUCUUCCAGGGACUCAUCAGAAGUAGCUUGUGGUGAGGGUCUGUGUUCUCACCAUCAUGAUGACCAUGUAGAUGAUGCUCUCCACCACCACCAUCAUCAUGACCACCACAACCACACAGAUGACCUUCCAGACGAUGACCAAGGGGACCACUUACACCCACCGCUCUCGCCGUCACUCACACGCCACUCGCAGCCUUUUACUCUGUCUUUGCAGCAGAUGUUAGAUGACUCAAGGUGUGAGGAUGAAGAAAUUCCCGAGGCAGAAGUACGAGCUUGGCGUGCUCGUUUAGGAGUUGUUAAGCAAAAACGGGCCGAAUUGCGGCAGACUCUACGGCAACGCUUUCAGCAGUUAUGCCAUCGGGGUUGUGGGGUUGACUCAGGCUCAUCAGUGACUGGGCCGAGUCAUCAUUGUCACCAUCACAUGCAGUCUCCUCAUAGUGCCCUGCCUGUGCAUCACCUCACUGCCACCAAGCCUCGUUAAGUCAGUCACAACUUGUCCAAGAACAAGAUCACUAACUGUCUUAUUAUGGUUGAAGUGGGUAUUAUUUUAAGUGUUAGCGAAGAGCUGAUGGCCCUCAUGCAAAUUUAUACAACUGGUCAUUAAUUUUGUUUCUGAGGUUCAACAUCUUUGGCCCUGUUAUUUAUAAAAGAUAUUGAUUCAAAGGAAGAAUGCAGUAAUAAAAAUAAUAAGAUAUAAAAGAUAUAAUGCAGUAACAGUUAUAGUGA